AUGGUAUCCGAAACCGAAGCGCUAGAAAUCUACCGCACUGCGAUCCACCUUGACGGUUUGAACAUCUCCAACUGGUCACGCGAGAUCUUCGAAGCCUGGCAACAAGGCAGCAUCACGGGUGUGUCGUGCAUAUGCGGUAUCUGGGAAGGGAUUCGCAGUGCCAUUAUCAACGUGGUACAAUGGAAAAAGUGGUUUGAAGAGCCGUCCGACCUCAUCGUACAGGCGCAUUCUGUCCGUGACAUUCGCCUAGCAAAGCGCGAUGGAAGAACAGCAGUUCUACUUUCCUGGCAAAACACACCCGGCAUUGAAGACCAAAUUGAUUACCUACGCGUUUUUCGCGCCCUGGGCGUGCAGGGUCUUCCAUUAUUAGAAGCUGCUUCUACCUUCUCGUGUAAUCCGUGA